GUUAUUGGGUUUGUUUGUUUACUGGGAAACCGAGAGAAAAUCGAAAUCAGGGUUUCUGGGCAUCAUAUUUUAUGAUUCCAAGUACCUGCUUGAGUGAAAAAUUUCGAAGCUUGUUUACUCUGUUCUACUGCAUGACUGCAACACUGAAAGCCUGAAGCUUUUCAAUUUUGAUGUUUGAAUUCCGUUUUCGGGUUUUUUGGAUCGAUCGUUAUAUUCCGAACACAACCCCGGGGCUUGCUUCGUUUUGAUUUUCUGGUUAGCGUAAUUAUUAUUUUUUUGGUCAUUAGUCGCUGUUGAAUUUUAGAACUGGAUCCGAUAAUCAUCCUCUAGAAAGCUAAAGCUCAUCUCUUUUCUGAAAGCCCAGCAAUCUCCAGAUUGAAUGUUUCCUCAAAACCCUGGUAGAAACUAAAGCUUAACUUUUUUCUCUCUGAAAACCCAGAUAACGAUCUCGACUUUUGCAAGAUAUUUGGAUGCUUUCGUUCUUGAAUUACGCCCUUUGAUGCCAUUUAUUAUUUGUUCUUCGUCGUCAACUUACGAAUAUACGGUACAGAGAGACUGAACCCUGUUGUGGAAGAAUCUAAGAUCAGUGGUAGCAAUGGGAAUGUAAGGAUUUUCUCCAUUUGGGGGUGUUUAGGUAGGUCCACCGUUAGUGCAAAUAAAAGGCAAACAGUGAGACCCAAUAAGUGACAGGACCUUGGAAGAUUGGGUAUGUUUUUGGAAUGCAAUACAGGAGUGUACAGAUUCAAUGAUCUUAUCUGUUAUCACCUUCAAAAGAACAGGUUUUUUUCCUUCUCUGGUGGGCAAAGUCAAAAUUUUGCCUUAUCGGAGCAUAUGGAUAGAUAGAUAGUAGGUGCUGGAGUUGACAUGUUGUGCGGUGGAAAGUGACUUAAAAGACACAACCAUUCGUUCUUCUCCUGCUUCCACUGAAACAUAUGUUUCACUGCCCUUCCCAAGUUGUAGGAAUCUCGUCCGCCUUUUGAUUUUCUCUAUCGAGUAGAACUAGAACCGUUUACAAUGCUACAUCAUGUGAGCUGAGGAAACAUGAAUACAACUUCAACGCAUUUUGUACCGCCAAGAAGGGUGGGUAUGUACGAGCCUCUCCAUCAGAUGGGCAUGUGGGGAGAAAGCUUCAAGGGCAACGGAAGCCUGAACAUGCCGAGCCCUAUCAUUGUGCCGUCCAAUCCAAAACUAGAUAACUUGUCAGAGGAUACUUCUCACGGGACGGCAGGAACUCCUCACAAGUUUGACCAAGAAGCUUCGACAUCUAGACAUACUGAUAAGAUACAGAGACGUCUUGCACAGAAUCGGGAGGCAGCUAGGAAAAGCCGUUUACGCAAGAAAGCAUAUGUUCAGCAGCUGGAAACAAGCCGGUUGAAGUUGAUCCAGUUAGAGCAAGAGCUCGAACGAGCUAGACAGCAGGGUUUCUACGUAAGUGGCGGUGUAGAUACUGGUUCUCUCGGUUUCUCGGGAAACAUGAACACAGCUAUAGCUGCGUUUGAGAUGGAAUAUGGGCAUUGGGUAGAAGAACAGAACAGGCAGAUAUGCGAGCUAAGAGCGGGUUUGAGUGGUCAUGUCAGUGACAUAGAACUGCGGAUACUGGUCGACAGUGUCAUGAAACAUUACUUUGAACUCUUCCGUAUGAAGUCUUCGGCUGCAAAAUCCGAUGUUUUCUAUGUCAUGUCGGGGAUGUGGAAAACUUCGGCUGAACGGUUUUUCUUGUGGAUAGGCGGAUUUCGACCCUCCGAGCUUCUCAAGGUUCUCCUGCCACAUUUAGAUGUAUUGACGGAGCAACAGCUUCUAGAUGUAUGCAACCUGAGGCAAUCGUGUCAGCAAGCGGAAGACGCAUUGUCACAGGGGAUGGAGAAGCUUCAGCACACGUUGGCGGAAAGCGUAGCGGCCGGACAACUCGGGGAAGGAAGUUACAUUCCUCAGAUGAACUCUGCGAUGGAGAGGUUGGAGGCUCUUGUCAGCUUCAUUAAUCAGGCUGAUCAUCUCAGACACGAGACGCUGCAGCAGAUGUAUCGGAUCUUAACCACACGACAGGCGGCGAGGGGACUGCUCGCACUGGGCGAGUAUUUUCAACGCCUUCGGGCUUUGAGCUCGACUUGGGCCACUCGCCAACGCGACGCCACCACGUAGUAGACGGAUGGUGAUUAUGUUAUAGAGAAUAAGUAGUCAAGAACUGAAGAACACGAAGAAGAUCAUUGUUGAAUCUCAAGAACUACUAGCGUAGAUUGCUGGUGUUUGCCAUACUUGGGGUGAGACAGGAGAAUAACAGGUGAUGGUGAUUGGUGAUGAUGUUUUUUUUUUUUUUUUGUGGUGAGGGGAAGUUGUAAAUAUGAAACAGAUGGAUGUGCGGUAGUAGAUU